GUGAACCACUCAAAUCCCUCCCCUUUGCCGGACAUCCCCAGAGUGGGGCGGGGCGGGUCCCAGGCAGGUUUGGGCAAGCAGAAGCCUCAGAGCUGAGGGAGGGCUGACGUUUCAUCCGGCUGAUGCAGCGCCGACUGAAGACCACGAUGGCAGAGGAGGGCUCCGGCUGCCCGGUGCCCCGCUUGCCCUGGGCGUCCGUCCUGCGGGUGGCUCUGCCGCUCUUUCUGGCGGGCGCGGUUAUCUACUGCUUCCUCUGCACCCAGCGCCUCGCGCAGCAGCGGCAGCUCGAGUCACCUGGGUGGGACAUGGCUGAGCUCCAGCUGAAUCACACAGGACAGCGGCAGGACUGCAGGCUGCGCUGGCAAGGAGGCCCAGCACUGGGCCGCUCCUUCGUGCAUGGACCGGAGCUGGACAACGGGCAGCUGCAUGUCCAGCGCAGUGGCAUCUAUAGGCUGCACAUCCAAGUGACACUGGCCAACUGUUCCUCCUCCCUAUGGGCCACCACGCCCCACAGGGCCACCCUGACGGUGGGCAUCUGCUCCCCAGCAGCUCGCAGCAUCAGCCUGCUGCGCCUCAACUUUCACGGAGGUUGUGUGGUCACCUCCCAGCGCCUGACACCAUUGGGUCGAGGAGACACUCUCUGCACCAACCUCACCCUGCCUCUGCUGCCAUCCCCAAAUGCCGAUGAGACCUUUUUUGGGGUUCAGUGGGUCCACCCCUAACUAUUGCACUUCCUGGCCCAGAUUUAUUGGGAGAAUGUGUUUUUCUCUUUUUUAUUUUCUCUUAUAAAAAUGUUUUUCUUUGUGUAUCUCUGUAAUAUAGUGAUUUAUAAUAAAUA